AUGGCUUCCCUCCCGAUGGAAGUUGACCAAGAGGCUGGCGAUACCUCGACUUUCGUGCUGGCCAUGGGUAACAACUCUGACGGGCAGCUGGGGUGCGGUAUCGCGGAGGAUGACGAUGACAAGGUGUUUGCCCCUUGCGAACUGCAUGCUUUUGACUCGGUGAAUAUUCGAAGUUGCUCGUCAUCGUUGAAGCAUUCAAUCUGGUUGAGUUACGACGGUUUGGUGUACACUUCUGGGGACAAUGACUCUGGACAGCUGGGCAGAGCCGGGAAACGGGCCAAGCCUUUCAAAAUUGACUCCAUCGAGCACAUGCCUGUGGAAAGCACGGCCGCUGGAAAUGGCUUCACUGUCCUGGCUGCGAAGCUGGAUGGGCGCUUGAUGGGGGUCGGGCGGGGGGACCGUGGGCAGCUGGGGAUGGGUGGCGCUGAUCGCGACGACAAGGAGCGGGUGAAGUUUUCCUCUGCAUUGGAUGAGCAGCUUCUGCAUUUGUCUGCUGGGGAGUCGCACUGCAUUGCGCUGUGCCGCUCGGGGAAAGUACUCGCCUUCGGUGAGAACAAGCACGGCCAGCUUGGGGUCGGUGACUUUGUGAGUACCGCCACACCGAAGCCAGUGCCGACUCUUUCAAGCCGACCGGUGGUGCAGGUCUCUUGUGGAGGGGCCCACAGUUUGGCAAGGACCGCCACAGGACUCCUCUGGUCCUGGGGUUGCAACGAGCACGGCCAGCUUGGCCUGGGAGAUCUGAAGCCCCGGUUCCGGCCCGAGCAGGUGAAGGCCAUGCGCGUCUCCCGCUGCGUGGACGUGGCGGCGGGGAAUCGCCACAGCCUGAGCAUCUCGGAGAAGGGCCUCGCCUUUAGCUUCGGGGCUGGUGGAAGUGGGCAGCUGGGCUCCGGUGGCAUUGCUGAGGCGGAGCCCUACCCGAAAGUCAUCGAAGCACUGAAGGAGAUCGGCACAUGUUUGCAGAUUGCCGCUGGCCACAGCCACAGCCUUGCUGUGGUUCUGAACGAGGACUCCUUGAGGGAAAAUCUGUACGUCUGGGGCCUGGGGUCGAGUGGCCAGCUGGGCAUCCCCCGAGAGAAUCUUCAUGAGAAGAAGCUCUCGCCGUUGCCGCAGAAGCUGCGGCUGGAUCCGUCCCUGAAGAUCGUGAGCAUCUGUAGUGGUCCACUCUCGCACCACACCUUCCUCAUCGUUUCCAGGACUGCCGGAACUGAGUCGAGGGGUGGCUACCCUGGAGCUGCAACUGCAAGGGAGUCAUUAAGCCCGCGAGCGUCCUUGGGGCCAUUGAGGCAUUCCUUGCACACUGCAAUUGAUGCAGACGAGCUGCUCCAAGCCCUGCGAAGUCUGAAGGGGAGUGAGGGCAUUCAGCAGACUGCCCUCGUUAAGGCAGUGGGAGCUGCCUUCAGCUCCGUCAGUGUACUGAAUGCUUCUUUUCGGCGACCAUCGCCGCUGGGAACGACCGCAGAAUCCAGUGGUGUCGACCUUCUGAAAGUCCGCAAGGCAUACCAUACACUUGUCUUCGAGCUGCGGAAUGCCGAACUGAUCAAUACGCUCGGAAGAGCCACUGUUUCCAUCUGUGAUGAGCUUGCAAAGCAGCGUGUGCCGACGGAUGAUCCGGAAACGCUCUGCGUGUUUUUGGUCCUCUUCGAGAAUCCCCUAUUGCUCGCUGAGCACCGCACCUCCUUGUUCGCCGGCUUCCACGUAGCGCUACAGCGCCUGACGGCUGCGGUCCUGUCUUUGCCCAAGGACUCCCAGAAGCUCCUUUUCGGCUGGUUGAAGCACCUCCCGAGUGAGUACUUCGGACGUGUGGUGAACGUCAUGCAGCAGUACGUGACCUACGUUCUGACACAGCCUGGGCAAAAUCAAAGCGACGUUUCGGCAGCUGUCAUGAUGCUGCAGACCCUCUGGGAUGCUAAUGCAGAGAUGGACGGCAUUCUGCCGGAGUGGUGCUUUCAGAGCCUUGCGAUUUCGCAGAGCGUCGACCUACAGGAGCACUAUCGUCAGUGGCAGCAGCAGCAGUCACUCGUGUUUUCCUACUGUCGGUACCCUUUCCUCCUGAAUGCCGGGGCCAAGCGUAGGCUUAUCUCCUUCGACGUGGAGCUACGUAGCCAAAUGGCCUCCCAGGAGCUUUGGGCCAAGGUUCUCCGAGAGGGCCUUGGAGCCCCUGAGGAUGCUUUCCAGCGAGCACUGGUCUAUCGGGUUCGGCGCGAGCACAUCCUCUCGGACUUCUGCGGACAGCUCUGGUGGCGGAUGCAGAACCAGCCAGAAAGCCUGUGUCUGCCGCUAACGGUGGACUUCGUGGGCGAGCACGGCAUCGAUGCCGGGGGUCUACGAAAGGAAUGUCUGCACUUGGUCUUGCGAGAGAUGUACACCAAGACGCAGAUCUUCACUGAGCUGGACGAGUGGCCGGGUCUGCUCUGGUUCCGUCCACCCAGCGAGCAUGAUAAGGUGAUUUCCGUCACCCCUCCGGAGCAGACAGCGCACGAUGAGACCUGGGUGGAGCAUAUGCCGGAGAUCGCUGGAGCUAUCGUGGGCUUGGCCGUUUACAACGCCAUCUACUUGGACCUCAGGCUGCAUCCUCUCAUGUACAAGUUCCUCAUCCACGGUCUGGCGAACCAUACCAUCGAGGACCUGCAGGGUCUUCACCCAUCUCUCUACAGGUCACUGACCAGUCUGCGCAAGCACGACAUUCGGGAACUAUGCUUGACGUGGUCGGUCCGCCUGCCUGGUGCCCACGAGGACACAGCCUUGGGAGGCAGGCCCCGAAGUGCCGACGUGCAGCAAGAUGAGCUCGAAGCAUUCAUUCGAGAGUAUGCGCAAGCUGCCCUCUAUGCGGGCGACAUGGAGCAGCUCCGAGGGUUUGUGCAAAAAGCCUCGGUUUGCAUGGCCAUCGGGCCAGCCUUCCGGCUCUGCACCGCCCAUGACUUGGAGCUGCUGAUCUGCGGGCUUCCGUAUCUUGGGGACUUCAAGGACCUUGAGCUGAGCUGCAAGUACGCAAAUGGCUUUCAUCCAGAUCAUCCCGUGGCGAAGACGUUCUGGCGGGUGGUGCACGGCAUGUCCGAGAUCUGGCAGCGGAAGUUGCUGCUUUUCUGCACGGGCUGUGAUCGAGUACCCAUCUUGGGCCUGCGAGCUCUGAACUUCGUUCUGUCCCGGAGCGCUGUUGACCUGGACCAUCUCCCGACGGCCAACACCUGCAUCAAUCAGCUGAACUUGCCGGAGUAUCCGACGGAGGAAAUGAUGCAUGCUCGUCUGCAUGCGGCAUUGGAGCACUACACGGGCUUCGGCUUCGCCUGA